AGAUAUCCUAACUAUGUCUGCAAGCUCAAUAAAUCCAUCUAUGGGCUCAAACAAGCCCUGAGAGCAUGGUUUGAUACUUUCACCUUGCAUCUUUUGAAAAUGGGUUUUAAGUGUAGCCAAGUAGACUCCUCUCUGUUUAUACUUCAUACCAACCAAGGCACUGCUUUACUUCUCCUCUAUGUUGAUGACAUUGUCAUUAUUUCAAGUUCAACAAGGCUUCUACAACAAAUCAUUGAUCAUCUUAGUGGAGAAUUUGCACUCAAAGACCUUGGCACUCUUAACUAUUUUCUUGGAAUACAGGUCACCACAUUUGAUGGAGGCAUCUUCCUAUCACAAGGAAAGUACACCAAUGAUCUUUUUAGCCGGACAUCAAUGCUUGAGGCUUCCACAAUUACAACUCCAUUGGCUAUCAAAGAAAAUCCUACUUCAAGAGACACGAAACCGGUUGAUGCAAAAGAAUACAAGAAAAUUGUUGGUGCUCUCCAAUAUUUGACUAUCACUUGAAUUGAUAUGUGCUAUGCUAUGAAUAAAGUAUGCCAAUUUAU